AUGGCUAAAAAAGAAUGUUCGAAAAAUGAAGAUAUUUAUGAUCUGACCAUCGAUGAAAGUGCUGCAAUUCAACUCUAUACAAUGGAAUCAAAGAUCGAACAAGAAAGUCUUUUCUACAUAUUAAACUCGACACUUCGUCUUGCAGAUCGUAGUCGAUUAAAACCCAUUAUACCCUAUUUCACACUGCUUGUUAGAGCCUUGAAAAAAUUACCACGGUUUAGUGGUCUUGUCUAUCGUGGUGUCAAUGGUAAUGCUUCAAGUCAUUAUGUGAAAGACAAAGAAAUCACUUGGUGGGGUUUUAGUUCCUGUACACGGUCAGUGGAAGUGUUCAGUAAAGAAGAAUUUCUUGGAAAAACUGGGCAAAGAACACUUUUUUAUAUUGAAUGUCAAAGCGGCAAAUUGAUUGAAAAUUAUUCAUACUUAUCGAGAGAUAAUGAAGAAGUUCUUUUGCUGCCUGCCACAAAAUUUUUGGUUACCGACAAACAACGAGUCCAUCGUGCUUUGACUAUUGUUCAUCUUAGAGAGAUUCUACAAAAGGGUUCAUUGCCGUACAGGAUCGACAUGGUUCAUGAUGAUGGAGUGACACUAUUAGAUGGACUCGAUUAUCGACCGGAAACGAAAAGGAAGAUGUGUGGACACGACUGUAAUAUGUGGGCGACAAAACAGUGCUGCAAUUGUUCAGGUUUGUGUUUACGACAAGAAGUUUGA